UUUAGCGCAUGCGCAAUGGUGUAGAACGUUUGUUUGCAGGUGAGUGAUCAAGUUUCGUCGAUUUUUUGCACAUUGACAAUCUAGUUUUAUUCCCACCAAUUUAAGAUAUAUAUAACUUAAAACACAGUUGGACGGAUCUGUCAUAUAAGAUCUUUCAUCAGGCUCUAAAUUUGUUCAAGAAAUUGACGUAUCAGCUGAUGAUUUGUCAUAUACAUGUAGGCUAAGUAUUAAAGUGUGAUACUACCAGUGCUAGAGUAGAUCAUGUAUUUACGUAAUAAUACUCUACGAAUGGAUAUUUUUGUUUUGGUUCUGAAGAGGUAACACUAAGUUUUAACAAAGUUUAUGUUAUAUACUUUAGAAUUUAUUGGGGAUAGUGACAUUGGUAAUUAUAGAUCCAUGGAGCGUAAGAUAUCUUGAUACCAAUGAUUUUGAUAAAGAUUAAGUUAGUUAUAUUGAAAAGGAAAUGCUUAGAGUUGGACGAUUUGAAAGUGAAAGUGAGAAACCCAAUUUCAAGAAAUGGAAAGUUGACGAAGGUGAAUGAUAAAGAAUAUUGUUAGGUUUAUAGACAAGGGAGAAACUGCUAGCAUUUAAAGAAUCCAAAUUGUAUGCUGUCUAUAAUGGAAUGACGGUUUCUGUGAGCCUGCUUAAGGAAGCUUCUGUGAUGUGUAAUUGAGUUGUUAACCCUUUCAAGGGAGUAUCUGAAUAUUUUUACGUGACUGAAGGAAAGCUGAACAGCAGGAUUCAAAAUGUUUUCUUACAUGUUUCAAUCUAUGCAUACAGACCGUGGAUGCUACUUAAUUUUAGGAUUGCUGCUGUUUUUAUAUAUCAUCAUUAUGGAUAUUAUUCUCUACUGCUCUCUUCAAAAUUCUACACUGAUGGAUCAGAAGCACGAGGGAACAUACUCACCGUUCCAACCCCUCUCAACAAAGUUACUCAUGAGUGACCCUAUUCAGCAUUAUGUCAUCAACCCAACAUCCGAGAUCUUUGAUGAAAUCACUAAAUUUAGCAAGAUUUUCUACUUUAUCUCCCCAAAUAUGAUCAGCUUUACCCAUCUGUUUCUUGCUUUGUUGGCAGCAAAGUUUGUCUCUUCAGAUAGUCUGAAAACAAGAAGAAUUGGGGUUCUGCUUUAUGAGCUUAGAACCUGGUUGGAUAGCUUGGAUGGGGUUGUUUUCCGAAGUCACAGGAACCAGCAGCAUGAAUAUAAAUCUCAUCAUGACAGCUGGGGAUUUCUCAUUGAUGCUGGUUGUGAUAUUAGUGGAGGUGUUAUAUUUUCUCUUGGAGUAUUAUUUUAUUUAUUCAAAAUGCCACCAUCAUUUUUCAACAAGUACAAGGAAGAAGGCAGUGCCACUCUGCCACUUACUAAAUCAGAAAAUGGGUACAACACAAGUGAGAAAACCAAUGGAAAACCCAGCAAAAAGAUGCUGUUUUUUAAAUGCUUCUGCUUUGGCAUGCAGGUAUUUUUUUCAUCUGGAUCAUGGGACAAGCGGGUAGAACAGUACGGUGAUUUAUAUGCAACAAAGUUUACUGCGCAAAAAACGGUGCGACAAACCGCCUCAUUACAUUCACUGAGCACGUGGAUUGUUCUGUACAUGUGGCGAUACGUGGAUGGCCAGGCCCUGCUGCAGAUGUAUUGUUUAGUUAUAUUUAUGGACAAAGUUUGGGAGUUCCUUAAUUUUGUUCAGUACAUUGGAUUUGCAGUGCUUUUGUUUAUCAAUGUAACUUCAGAAGUUCAUCUUAGAUAUGUCCGGGAUGCCAUUGGGAUUUGAAGGAAUUGAAAGCUGGAUUCCCAAAGUUUCAAGGUGAUGAAUAAGGUCUAUCCUCUGCUGAUACAAUGGACUUUGUUAUCAAAUUUCAUGACUGAACAUCACAUCAUCUCCUUUUGCUGAUAUUGUUAUGUUUUAACGGGAUGUUAUGGUGCUUAACUCCAGGCGUAGUUAUGUUGGAGAGCUGAUGUUUCUGUCAAAUAUCUUGUCCAAGUUUUUUUAUUAUAUAUAUAUAUAUAUAGAUAUGCUGAUAUUAGAAUAUGCUAUCAAAUCCCUAUAAUUCUUUAUCUAUCUGUAUCUAUACUCAUGUUCUUGAUGCUCACUUCCAUACAAUUAAGUUUGGAAGAGGUAUCCAUUGUCCCAGUAUAAUGGAUGUACCAAAUACUAUUACCACACUUAAACAAGUGUAGAUAUAUCAAUCAUUGAUAUUUUUGAAUUCUACAUUUUUUGUAAUGAUUACCAAAGAAAUCUUGUAAUUCCUCUUUUUAAUUCAUCAACACAAUUAGAAUCAAGUAGAUGACUCCAAACAUAUUAUAAAUCAUAUGUAAGGUAUAGAGUAGGUUUUGUGCAUCCAUUUUUCAUUCUCGAAGAUUUAUUUUUUUCAGUCUGAUUAGAUCUUGCAAGCUUUUAAAGAGAUAUUCUUCCAGCUGAAGUGAAAAAAAACUAACAAUCAAUGUAGUUACAUGUAUUGAGAUUUAGAAAAAGAUGCAUCUGUGUUUAAUCAAACAAUUAUGAAGUUUAUGGCAUCAAUGUAAAUCUAAAUAACAUUAAUGGGAAUAGGGGAGCGAUCAUGUUGUAUCAGUCAAUGUAUAUUAUAACCUGUUAUUGCAGCUCAUUCCAAUAGGACAUUUCAGUGGCAUUUUAUACCUCAGACAUAGUCAAGUGUGAAUAGUGUGUUUCAUGUGCAUGUAUUUUUGGAAAUAUGGAUUCCUGCUAUAAUUUUCAAUGUGUAAAGCUGAAUAUUUAUAUGCUUUUCAUUCAUAUGAAAGCAAGGUAUGAAUGCACAUAUUGGUCUGGACUUGGGUGGAUUUUUUCUUUUUUUUUCUCUCGUCUUUAUUUUGAUUUUUGUUUCUGUUUUGUUUGAGAUAUUUCAAGAAUUUGAAAUUUUCAAAUGCAGUUUUUUGUUGGUUUGCUUUUUAUUUUUAUUUUUAAUUAUUUGCUUAUGAAAGAUAUGUCAACAUAUUUAAGUGAAUGAAUGCUUCAAGCAUCAUAAGUAAGUAUUGGUGCAUGGAGCAGUAAGUUGAAUUCAAAGCACUGCAAACUAAUAUAAUUGAAAAGAAACCCAAUUUUCAUGUAACACUAUUUUCAUCUAGUUAUGUUUCUCCUAGCUUUAAGGAGGAAUGAUACAUCAGAAAAAUCUGAUGUGGAUAUGUACAGUAACAUUUUGAAAUUGAAAAGUUUCAAAUUUACAUUUUUAAAAAAAAUGCAGUUUUGCUAGAAAGUAAUCUGGGGGGGGGGAGUUAAACUCCUACUAGAUUCUAACUACAGACCAGCAGUCAACCCAUAACAUACUGAGCUAGCCAGCUAGGCAAUUUGAUUGAAAAGGAAUUUAUAUGUAUCUAUUGCUGAUAUUUAUAUUUUUCAAAAGGAAGUCAGUCAUUAUGAUGAUGUAUGAUUCCUCCACCAAAUCUGAACUAUUAAUUUAGUUGAUAUGCUGUUAGUUUUUGAUGUACAGGUAUAGUGCUGAGAGUUACAGAUUUUAUUCUUAUAUUUAUUUUUUCAUGUAAAUUGUAACAAGUUUUCUUUACACAGGCUUGGCUGAAUUAUAAUACAUACAUUUUAAAUGUAUUUAUGUGUCUUUGGAUACUAAGAAUAUAUUAUUUUUUCACAACAUUGAAGUGUCUAACAUCUUCUAGAAACUCAGUACUAGUAUAGUGUGUUAUUACAUAUCUAUUCUUUUAAAGUAUUUACUUGUGUUAAUGAUAUUGAUGGAGUUUUAAAGAAGACUAUUACAAUGUACUGUACAAAUGUCUUCAUGGACCAGAAUAUCCAUUUGUGCUUCUAAAAUCUAUUUUGCAAGGACUUGUAGAUAGGCUUUAAGAUCUGGCUGUAAAGUUUUUACAAGUAGACAAUUUUCAUAAAAUUGCAUGUAAUUAAUUGAAGUCCCCGUAAUGCAUGUGAUUAUUAACUUUAGACAUCUUCUGAUUUAUUUUUGUUCUAUUUCAAUGACUAAUCACUGCUACUACGAUGACCGGUUCUUCAAUCUUCAGUCCUUACAUAAUGGUUAGGAUUAGAUAUUAAUCACAUUAUGUUUAGUGGAAAUGGAGUAUACCUCCAUUGGAGACGUGGAGUGGUAGUUUAUCCACUUUGUAAUUUGAGGGAGUCAUCAGAAUUCCGAUUGUAAGGUUUACUGGUCAAGUAGGUUAUAGUGUAUCCAAUUUGUUAAAAGUUCAAUAUUUUUUUUAGAUGCAAAGUUAUUCUCCAAAGUCAGCACAUCUAAAUGCUGCGAAAUGGAAAUGCAUGCAUAGAAAAUUACCAUUGGUAAUGAUGAUUCAUAUAUUGCUACCAGAAUGAAUUUUUUUUUUAUUUGAUGAGGAUAGAAGACAGUUUUAAUACCAAUACAUGUAACUGAAGAAAUCAGGAAACAGGGUAUGUUGUCAGUAUGAUUUUUCACAGAUGUUAUCAGACAUGCUUGAAGUCACAGUCAGUUAUUUCAAUAGUCAGAAUCUUGUGAUAGAAAGGUUUAUUUUUUGGUGUUAGACUUGUCUAUAUCAGGGAAAUGUGCCAGAAAGGGUAAUUUAAAUUUAAAGACAAUUACUAGAAGUCAAAAGGAUCAAUUGAAAUGCAACAGAAUGUGAUAAAGUACAGUGAGAUUUGUCUAAUCCAGAUGUUGAAUCAGAAUUGCUGUUUUUUAACCUGGCCCUUAUUUCAGUACCAAACAAAGAAUUCUAUCGGGGGGGGGGGGGGGGGGGGGGGGGGGGGGGGAUGGCUCUGUUUUCCAGAUGCUGUCCAUUAUUUUUGUUCAGCUGCUGUUAGAGCAUGUCAGAAUUAGAUAAGUUUCACUGUAUUAUUGUAAAAUCAAAAUGUUAUUUGGGUGAAUAAAUGACACCAUCCAUGAGUAGAUGUAGCUUUAUAGAUGUUUAUAUGGAAGUGAUGUAGUUAGUGCUAGAAUAAAUCCGUAGUUUUUAAGUUUAAUUGGGUAGCUUUACUAUGAAAGUUAUAUUUCAUGUUGUUGAAAACUGAGAAUGUUUACAUAUGAGGUAAUGCUGUAGAAUUCUGUGAUUAUUUAUAUUUAGUUUCUGUGUUUAAACAUGCAGUGUAUAUCGUUUGAUAUUGCUCUAUAUCAAGUCUACGUGACACAUCACACCAAUUGAUUUUAGUUUUAUAUUUGUUAACAUCAAAUAAAGGUAAAAAAAAUGAAUUAAAAAGUUAGUUCUAUAUCAUUUUAAUGAACAUUUCAUGAAUUUUGUCACUUUUUCUUAUUUAGAUAACAUAGUUUUUAAUUAGUAAGGUCAAUUCUGUGUUUGGUGUAAUUUUAUCCUCAGUUAUGAUUAUUCUGGUUUUGAGAAUUGGAUCCCUCUUCUCAGUAUAUAUGAUUCAGUGCCAUAGUUAAAAUAGCAUAUAAUGUUAUAUUGUAUCUGUGUUUCAAUAUUUCAUUCAAUUGUAAAACUUCUGGUAACUUUCGCAUUUCUGUACAAGGGCUCACAUGUAUGUAAGUUAUAGUUUUCUCAUUCCAUAAAUAGCGUGUGUCUAUGUACUCCUUACCUAUUCUGUAGUUUUAUUCUUGUACUAUUUUUUACAAGGCUAUAAAUACUGAAAGCAUUCUGAUUAAAGAGGGAGAGAAAAGAAUUUGUAUCAGAAAUAUCUUGGUAAAUAUACGAACCAUUAACAUGUAAAAUGUGCAAUCUAAAAAUUCAUCCAGUGAAAUCUUUGAGAUCCGUUCGUGUAUGACUAAACCAUAAUGAUAUUUACUACCAUCUCUUGCCACUUUUUGAUUUAACGUCAGAAAUAUAUUUGCGGAGCAUGGAAAUUGUUUGAAAUUGCACAUUAUUUCAUUAAAAAUAUUGAAAAUCCAGGAAAGUCGAAUAAACAUGGCAUCAUAUAGUGGGAUUCUUUGAAGUAGUUUUUCUAAAUUUACCUUUGCUUCAAAACAUUGAUUUUAAGUUGGUCAAAUUAAAAUUUAUAUGGUUUGUUUCUUUGAUUGAAAGAAAAAGCUCAUUAAAAUUCACUUUAAUGUAAUUUUUAUAAAACUUCGUUAGAUUAAUUUUGUUUUCAUUUUUUAACCUCAGCAAUCUAACGAUUUAUGAAUGCUUUGUGUUUAUUGGGCUUCAAAUAAAGCACGUUUUAUUAUUUUU